UUGCGUCGAGAAUCAAAAAAAUGUUGACAGUGAAGUUACCACUGCUUGGUAAACGGCAUCGCAUGCAGGUGCUGGUGGCGCUUACGUAUCACAUAAUGAAUUUUGCUCAUGGACUUGGUAUCGGAUGGGUGUCACCUACGGUGCAAAUAAUACAAUCGCCUGAAACACCGUUAAACUUUCCCGUAACCGUAGAGCAAGUAUCAUGGAUUGGAUCACUCUUCGGUUUCGGCUUUUUAAGUGGAAAUAUUCUAUUUGGCCUCACUGCCAAUCGUUUAAGUCGGAAACUGAAUAUGUAUUUAUUGGCGUUGCCACAUAUGUUAUUUUGGAUUUUAAACUAUUUUGUACAAAACGUCGAGUAUCUCUAUGCAGGACGCUUUUUUGCCGGUGUCACCAGCGGCGGCUUGUUUGUUAUUGCACCGAUAUUUUUUAGCGAAAUCCUAGACAAAGAUGUUCGUGGCACACUCAUGUCCAUGGGUAUGAUGUUUCUCAGUUGUGGUGUACUAAUCGGCUUCAUACUACCCACAAAAGUCGACUAUUAUUUAACGCCGUGUAUUGGGCUGGCGCUACCCAUAAUUUACGUUGUGGUGUUUUGCUUCUUCCCGGAAACACCACAAAGCCUCCUGAGGAGUGGUCGCUUUACCGAAGCGGAGGCAGCUUUCAAUUUCUACAAAGGCAUUGACAAUGGAGUUAACGUGCAGUUGAGUCGGAGAGUUGAAGAGUCCAAAACAGCAACGGAAGUACAAAGCGAAUUUGAAGAGUUGAAAACGAUCAUUUUGACAGGAAACGCUAACGUGCCCGUAAAAUUUCAAGACUUUUGUAGGUUUGAAAAGUCAGCACUCAAAGCAUUUGCCGACACAUUUGUGCUCUGCAUACUGUAUCAACUGUCGGGCAGCUUCGCCUUCCUCAAUUACAUGACUUCAAUAUUUGCCGUUUCGGGCUCCACAAUGGAUCCAUAUUUCUCUACGACAAUUGUGGGCGUAACGCAUAUAUGCGGCACGUUCGUCGCCACUGUUUUCGUAGAUCGAUUUGGUAGGAGAGCCCUGUUGUUUUCUUCCACGACCGCCAUGAUUAUUGGCAUGUUCGCGUUCGGCGCUUUUGUGCAGUUUACAGAUGCGGCCACAAAAGCUCAGUAUGAUUGGGCACCACUUGCGUUUAUGAUUGCUGUGGUUUUCACUUCGGCGUAUGGACUUUUUGGAAACUUCUUCACCAUGGUGGUGGAAAUAUUGCCGGCGAAGAUCCGUAGCCCGGCCUUAUCGAUUUCGAUGUGUUUUGUGAGCCUUUUAGUGUUCGUGAUUUUGAAGUCAUACCCUUAUUUCCUGUUCGAAUUGGGCAUUCCCGCUACUAUGUACACGUCUGGGAUAAUAUCUGUGGUUACCACCAUUUAUUUGUUUAUAUUUCUGCCAGAAACAAAAGGAAAAUCAAUGGAAAAAGACUAAAAAAUAUAUAAAUCUGUGUCGCUUUGUAAAA